AUGGCUAGUUCACUACGAGUAAGAGUUGUCUUUGCCAUUUUGGCCUUCCUAUUGGAUAUGAAAAGAAUCUUUUUAUGUGCCCAGAAGCAGGAGGUGAUUCUGUGUUUGUCCGAGUUUAACCAAGACAGAGCAUGUAAUGUAGCAGCUGAAUUUGGAAAGGAAAUAAAAGUGUAUUGUCCAAUAGACUCAGAACGAAAUAAUAAUGGAGGAGUUGUACGCAUGAACGGACAGGAAAUAAAUAACGAAAACACUUGUUUUAAUAAAAUGAAAGCACAUGAUGGCCCGAACAGAAAUGUAAUUAAAAAAUUUGAAGAGCAUGUAGAAAAUUUAAUUAUACACACAAAUGCUAUGGACAAUACGCAUUAUAUACACGUGCCUCAUACCGUGACCACUGGACUGUUGCUCUCAUGUAAUUGCAUUGAUCGGACGAAGCAGAAGGCAUAUAAGUUAAACAUUCAAGUAGCUAAAAACGGGGGGGAAAAUGUGAAGGGUUGUAAUUUUUACUAUGCUGACCAGAAAAAAGAGCAAAAAGGACCUUCCAUGGAAAAAAAUAUAAAUAUUAAGUUUAAUAAAGUGUGCAAUGUAGAUGUGCAUGCGAAUGAUGUUGUCUCCUUUAGGUGCAAAGCUCACAACAGGUACAGCAACGUCCUUGUUAGUCCUCCCCUCUGCUUUCACGAAGUUUUAAAUGAGAAUAAUGAAAAGCUCCAAAUUACCGGGGUACUUAAUGGAGUUAAGGUUAUACCCAGAUCAAACACCUACGUCCAUGAUGCUAUGAUGCCCAGAUUUUUGUCUUACCUGGUGGCUCCCCCUCAAAUAAACGAGUCCCUAAAGGUGGAAUGCAGGUGCUCCAUUACGGACAAUGUGCAGGACGUUUCCUACACAGGAACCAUCUCAUUGAAUUUUAUAAAAACGGACAAGCUGAAUCCGGUUAAGGAGGAACAUGAUGCUGACAAUAAAAACAGAUGGAAGAAUGGCAUAAAUGAAAACGAGGGGGAAGACGGCGAGAAGGACGCGAGGUCCUCUUCCGUGUUGACUGGGCUGUCGGCCGUGUUGCUCUUCUGUUUGUUUUCGGCAUGGGGAUGA